UUUUUUUUUAUUCAAAUCAACCAGAUGCCACAGACCGGUCUCCGGAUUCCUCCGACUGCGAGUUGGGAGAACGGCCUGGAGGCGCCCCUGUCACCAUGGCAACAGGCAGCAAUCAAAACAUAAAUAUUUAGAGCAUACUCAAAAGAGUGAAAGAUGCUGCUAUGUAUAGGCCCAGAAGGCACAGGGAAAACACUUCUUCUGAGGAGAAUGCUUAAUCUCAACAAGCCAGAUAUUUCCAUGACAACAGUCCCAACAGUAGGAGUGAACAUAGUAACUCUCCAAGUACCUGAGAUGCUGCCAAUCAACAUACGGGAAUUGGUCUCCUCAGGGCAGAGCAUUUUACUGUCCUGGGCUGGAGACAUGCACAUGCCAACCACUGGAGAAGAAAAUAGCAUUUUGGUGGGAAGGGAAGUAUUAAAAGGCAAUGAUAUAUGUGAGAGUGAAGUAGGGAUACUAGUGCAGAUUCCUGUACCACCAAGUUGCUCUGCCAUUUCAGUUACUGUUAGAUCGCUAAUGCAGUGGCAAGAUUUGGCUCUGAACGUUGAUAGUGCUCAAUCGGCAAUCCUAAGCCAGAUGCGUGUAAUGAGUUUAGGGCAGACCCUUCCCCUGUGGCUUGAUGGUGGAGUGUGCAUAAUGCUUACUGCUACAAGUAUUGACCCUUUAGUUCCUAGUGUGGUUCUACAUCCCAUGACUCAAGUAGAAGUUCAUCCUCCUCCAGAAAAUGAGGGAGUUGAAGACUACACACGCAUUAGUUUUAAUCCUGUGAAUGAAAAUGCAGAUGGGGACCACAAAGAUUUCAGUGAUCUAGAUUUUGAGGGAAAUUCCCAAGAAGCAUGUAAUGAUGAUAAACAGAUUGAAAGUAGGGACAAUCUCAAUGAAAAAAUGAUCAGAAAACUCACAGAUUUUGUGAUUGACAGACUGCAAGAACAAAAAAGAGUGCAGAAAAUACAUGUAAGAAAAAAUAUUUGUCUUGGCUACAGAGUGCUUCCAUUUCCAUGCGAUGCUUCUCCAUUGUCUAGUAUUCUGCAGAGUCAUCCAUCUUUAGUUAUUAUUAGUAGGGAGAGCAUAGCUUUUACUGCCUUCAAAGAUGAAGUGUACUUUGUUGCAAAUAUAAGGAAAGUUAAGUCACCGAGAGAAAAUUCUGAAAAGCCAAGUAAUGUAAAGGAGGAAAGUAAAACAAGUGAAGGGAAGAAAACAAAUAAGUCAAGUAUUAGGCAAGAACCAGAAAGCCAAAAACUUUUUGCAGUAAUUGUGUGGGAAAACUUUGUAAGGGGAAGACCUGAUAAUACAUUUUUUAUACAAGAAAUGAACAUGAUUAUUGAAAGGAACAACUGUGUGAUACCUAACUGCUGCAGAAGGCAGAUGAAUUUAGAAAUUACAAGUACUGUGGAGAUAAGAUCUACUGAAUCCAGUAUCACUGCAGUGCCAACUUCUGUUGAUGUUGCACUACUAGCACAUACAUAUGAUAUUCAAAAAGAAACUCUUUUGGAUGGUUUAAAAGCCUUACUUCGGAAUCUUGUUGAGGAGUGUAUGGUCUUCAUAAAUCCAGGCACCAUUAUGGAAGUUAAGUUAGAAGAAAAGUACAUUGAUAUUUGCCUUUCAACAAGGAAUGGCUUACCCUUAAAGCUUACAAAGAAAUCAGUUGUAAUAUUAGAAACAACUUUUUUGACUCAGAUACCCAGUCUUCCAUAUAUACCAAACUCAGUCAGUGAUCUGGAUACUUAUUUCUUUGCAAAAUAUUCAUAUCUUGGUGAAGACGAGGUCAUGACUAAUCUAAAGCAGUAUAUAGUGAUGGGUCUUGGACUUAAAAUGUCAGCACCAAGAACAGUUCCACAGUUUGCUCUACUCUGUGGUAGUAAAGGCUCUGGAAAGACCAGCUUAGUGGAGACUAUUAUUGAAGAUUUGUCUGCAUCCACAUAUCACAUCUACUGUGAUGUAGUCAGCUUUAAACAACUAAAAGGAAAGAAGAUGGAGACUAUAGAAAAAAAGUUACAAUUGUUAUUCAGAGAAGCAAUUUUCAGGAGACCUUCUCUUGUGGUUUUGGAAGAUCUUGACUAUCUAGUUCCACUGGAAGGCACUGAUCAAGAAUCGGGCCCAGUGUAUGAACAUGUGAUGCAGGUUGUUAACAUGCUCAGGAAACUUUUAGAUGAUCUUUUACAAUUUUGUUCUGAUUCAGAAUCCCCUUCAGUGAUGGUGGUUGGGACAUGUAUAGCAAGAACAAGUGUCCAUCCCCUUCUAGUCAGUCCUCAAGGUUGUCACUACUUUCCCUGCACCUUUAAGAUUCCCCCACUGGAAACAGAAGGGCGUGUAAAGGCCUUCAUGGCAAUGCUCAAUGUACACUGUGAGAAAUUUGCAGCCACAAAGAAGGGAAUCUCUCUUUGCCAGUGCUUCCCUGAAGCUGAUGAGCACUGCAUAUUCUGUGGGUAUUCUGAGUCAGAAAAGUACCAGGUGGAUAUGAAAGUCAUUGCCAGAAGGACUGAAAGUUUUGUGCUCCCUGAUCUGAACCAUUUAGCUUUCAGAACUUUCUUCCAAGCAAGGGAUAGGUGGGAAAGAAAUAGCACUUCAAGAGAAAUAAUGGAAAACAUGAAAGAAAAUAAUAGUGAUUUUGUUAAGGACAUAAAUUCUUUGUGUAAAACUACUACAAGUAAUACAGUUCAUGAAAGCAGCACACCCUGGAAAGUUCUUCAGUGUGACGUGGAUGCAGCUCUUGAUGGCUACACAUCUCUGGCCUUAAGAGGGAUAUCCCUAUCGGAGAAGAAGGCUGAUGAGGGCUUCAAAGUGGGUGGCAUGAAAGAAGCCAAGAAGAUCUUAGAGGAGACGCUGACAUGGCCCUCAUUAUAUCCCAACUUGUUCAACAAGGUUAAUCUGAGAUUGCGGUCUGGGGUCUUGCUCUAUGGCCCUCCAGGCUGCGGCAAAACUCUCCUGGCUAAUGCUGUCGCAGCUUACUGUCAGCUGAACUUCAUUUCAGUCAAGGGACCAGAGCUUUUGUCCAAGUACAUUGGUGCAAGUGAGCAGGCAGUUAGAGAUGCUUUUGAGAGAGCUUCAAGUGCCAAACCUUGUGUCUUGUUCUUUGAUGAAUUUGAGUCGAUUGCUCCAAGGCGUGGACAUGAUAGCACUGGGGUGACAGAUCGUGUGGUGAAUCAGCUACUUACACAGAUGGAUGGUGUUGAAGGACUCACUGGAGUUUACAUCUUGGCUGCAACCUCCAGGCCAGACCUGAUUGAUCCUGCACUGCUUCGGCCAGGCCGUCUUGAUAAGUGUGUAUAUUGUCCAAUGCCGUCAGAAAAGGACAGAAUAGAAAUCCUAGAAGUUUUAAGUCAGGAUGUUGACUUAGGAGAAGAAGUAGAUUGGUCAGAGGUUGCCAGUUUAACUGAAAGCUUUUCUGGGGCUGACUUACAAAGUAUUUUGUCGACAGCACAAGUUGCAGUUGCUCAGGAAGCCUUUGGUGAUGAUCUUUAUAAGGGUGUUAUCCCACCGGUUAAAGAGGAGAGAGAUACAACUGGUGUCAAAGAUGAUAAAGACAAUAUUGAAGAACCUUUAUCAUUUCAUGCUGCUGCAAUUAAAGAGGAAGACCCAGAAGAAAAUUCAGUUUACCAAGGUGCACAUAAUGUUGAGAAAAUACAAGAACAAGUCCUAAUUGAAAAGGAAAAGAAAAGAGUCAUAUAUAGUCAAAAGAGCUAUAUUUCUGAAAAUGAGAUGUCAGAUGAUCAGAUAAGAACAAAUGAUGCCUUUUCUGAGUCUGUGAAACCCAAUAGUGCCAAAAAGCAGGACUCCACUCAGUCUAGUUUUAAGAUUUAUUAUAGGCACAUCGAAGCUGCAUUGAAAGAGGUGAAGCCAUCAGUCACACAGACUGACCAAAGAAGAUAUGCACAGCUCUGGAUAUAUGGAAGUAGAAGACCUGAUGGUACAUUUGAAAAUCUCUGUCCGAUCAGUAUAAAAAGCUGCAUGAUACACAAAUACCCAUUUAAUGCACGUUAUGUAAAUACUAAACUAUCUUGCAUUAACUUUGUCUACUUAUUUUUUCAGGUGGCAAUAGUAUUGAAUAAAACGGACUGUGUCUUGAGUCGUGCCAGCAACGAACUGUUGAACGCGAUGCGCUUUGAUGACCUGAAGGAGUAUGCACCACAGCAACUCACAACCUUUGAAGUGAGUGCUCUUGCUGGGAAAGGACUGAGACCUCUUCUGGAAUGGGUAAAAGGAACCAAGCCAAAGCCAAAGACCUGAGGAACUUUUGCUUUGAAAGUAAGGCAAAGAAAUUUUACUAUAAAGCAAAAUGAAAAGGUGCUUGUCAGUAUGAGUUUGACAGUAAAAUAUCUAAUUACACAAAAUAUUACCUAAUAACUGAUCUCACUACCAUCUACCAUGUGCAAGUUAUUUGAAAUAAAGUCUCCUGUACUAAGGAAAUCAUAUAAUUUUAUACAAAUGAAGUUGUAACAACUGGAUUAAUUAAAUAUUCCCUGUCAGAAUACGUAAACUCAUGAAUAAUUUUUUGAUAAGUCUUACAAAAUAUCCUUAAAGAACUGGUUAAAAAAAAAGAUGCUGUUAGGAUCUUACAACAUUGAUAGAUUAAUCCUAGCCAAAAAAAAUUAAAGCUUCACUUAUACUGUUUUGUUGAAGGUCUUUCAGAAUAAAAUAUGAAAUGUGAGACACCAACCUCUAACAAAAGGUUCCAGUUAGGUGCAAUGGCUAGCUUCUACAACAUGAGUAAACCAUUUGGUAUAAUAGGUCCAGGUGUCCAUGCUCAACAGUGAUUAAAACCAAUAUAUUCAGGUCUUGACACAUGACCCACAUUAUAUACUAGGUUCAUAGACAUGCUUUAUAGCGUGCUGACAUUCCACUUGCAAGAUUCUGUAUGACUGGUAAUGUUUGUGUACUAGAUAUUUCAAGGAAAUUGUUUUAUGCUAAUAAACCUAUAGAGAUGCAGAAAUUUAAAAAUUGAAGUGUUUAGUACAUUAUGAACAUGAUAACUGAAGAAAAGAUAAAAAUGAAUUAUGGUACAAAAACAACAGUCUGGAAUAAGAUCCGUCCAUAAUAAAAAUCCUGGUAGUACAUAAAUUAAAAUAAUUGGAUUUUAUUUUAAUCCAUAUAAUGUAUAUGUGCCUUUUGUAAAAAAAAAAAAAUAGUAUCCACAAUAAAGAAUUAAGAAGGAACUUACCUGUCAUUAAAAAUAGCACCUUUCAGCAGUAUUAUUUAUGAAAUGGUAGGACUUGCAUAUGAAAGGAAUCAUCUUACACAAUAUCAAAUGACCCAUUGAUCCCGGGAUUACAUGUACAAAUGAACUGUCCACUAUACUUUGGUUUUGUUAAUUUUGAUUACAUAUAGUGUUCCAGAAGUGCCUAGUUGCCAAGGGGUUAAUGAGUGA